GUCGGUGGAAAGCGCUGUGCCACAAACUUUGCCAAACAAUAAUGAGUAUCGACCCACCUCUUUUGACGAACUAACUUUUAAUACAGAGGAAGCUUUGCAGUUGCAGAACCUUGCAAAGAAAGAUGAUUUUCCUCAUCUUUUGUUUCAUGGCCCGUCAGGUUCGGGAAAACGCACUAUGGCUAUGUGCCUGCUGCAACAGAUUUAUGGAUCUGGCGUUCAGAAAAUUAACAUUAAGCAAAGAGAAUUUACUGUUAACGAAGCAAAGUUAACGCUUAACGUCGGAGCAAGUUUAUACCACUUUGAAAUUAAUCCGAGUGAUUGUGGAAACAAAGAUAGACUUGUAAUUCAGGCAUUACUUAAAGAUAUAGCCUCGACCCAGCAACUGAAUUCUAUAGACCAAAAGCCCUAUAAAGUUAUUAUUAUUCACGAGUGCGAUUCUUUAACUAAACUGGCUCAGAACGCGAUACGAAGAACUAUGGAAAAAUACAUUACUUCCUGUAGAUUGAUUCUUUUGUGCAACUCUUCUUCUCAGAUUAUUUCGCCAGUCCGGAGCAGAUGUUUACAUGUCAGGGUGGCUGCUCCUUCUUUGUCCGAAGUGUCGGCAGUAAUUAACAAGGUGGCUAUUCAGGAAGGACUCGAAAUUCCUUCUGGUCUAGUCGACAGGAUCGCUUGUCAAGCAAAAGGCAAUUUGCGAAGGGCAUUACUUGCCCUCGAAGCCUGUAAGGUCUACAGAUACCCUUUUGAGGAGGACCAGAACAUACACGUGCCAGAGUGGGAGAUUUACACCAAAGAAACGGCCAUGAAAAUCCUGCACGAGCAAACUCCUCAGGCACUUCUGGAGAUCCGCGGGAGACUUUAUGAGCUGCUAAUUCACUGCAUACCGCCAAGUGUAAUUCUCAAGGAACUUUUGAACCACAUUUUAGAUAAUCUCGACGAUUCCUUAAAAGCGGAGAUCACUAACUGGGCCGCCUUCUACGAACACAGAAUCAAAACAGGCACGAAGCAAAUAUACCAUCUAGAGGCUUUCGUAGCAAAGUUUAUGUUCUUAUAUAAGAAAUUCAUAGCCGAGCUUUGCUUGUGAACUGAGACUUGUAGAACAAUUCUACAUAAAGAUUCGCUUUUAUAAAAUUAUUUAAUUUAC